AUGAAGUCUCUCUGUGCAUGUGGUUUGGUAUUGCUUCAAGCAUCCGCGGUGCUUGGAUGCGCCAAAGAUAUUUCUGAGCACGCAAUCUUCGAUCCUCAUGUGGCUCUAGCAAAGCGACAGGAAACUCAGUUUCCUCCAGUUCUGGACAAGAACGAGGCAAUAUUGGUCAAUUCAUUUGACAACACGACCUUGGAAGAAUGGAGCUACUAUUAUGCCCAUAGCUAUCAUUUAGCUGGCACUAACCAGUCUCUGGCUCAAUGGACCGCUGAUCGUUGGACCGAGUUUGGAUUCACCUCCGGGCUUAUAACCUAUUACGUGUACUUGAAUUACCCAGUGUCACAUUCUUUGUCCUUGUCAUACCCGAACGGAUCAACGUGGGAAGCAACGUUGAAGGAAGACGCUCUGCCAGAAGACGAUGUCACGAACUGGCCAAACAGUGUUCCCACUUUCCAUGGCUACUCUGCCACUGGAGAUGCCGAGGCCGAAUACGUGUAUGUCGGCCGCGGGCAAAAGGUUGACUUCGAAAGGCUUGAUGCGCUAGGUAUAUCUGUUGAAGGCAAGAUCGCUCUAGCACGUUAUGGCGGGCCUUUCCGGGGCUUGAAAGUCAAGAAUGCUCAGGAGCGAGGUGCUAUUGGUGUGGUUAUAUUCACUGACACGGCGGAUGAUGGAAAUGUCACUGAAGCCAAUGGCUAUGCCGCGUAUCCUCAUGGCCCAGCUCGAAAUCCAUCCUCAGUACAGCGUGGCAGCGUACAGUUUUUAUCUACGUAUCCUGGAGAUCCAACAACACCAGGUUAUGCUUCGCACGAAGGAGUUCCCAGGGCUGACAUCUCGCCCGUCACUCCGCAGAUUCCAUCCCUGCCCAUUUCCUAUCGAGAGGCGCAGCCACUGUUAUGGGCUCUUGAUAACUAUGGACCGAGUGGGGCAGAGGUCAACAGAACCAACUGGGUAGGAAAGCUCAAUGCUACCUACUCAACGGGCCCCGCACCAGGAACCACAAUCUCACUGUCUAAUGUGAUGGAGGGCAAAAUCACGCCUAUAUGGGACGUCAUCGGAGUCAUCAAUGGAACAAGUCAAGAUGAGGUGAUCAUUGUUGGCAACCACAGAGAUGCCUGGAUCAUUGGUGGAGCUGCUGAUCCAAAUUCCGGUUCUGCUGUCCUAGUGGAGCUCGCGAAAGCCUUUGGUCGCCUUCAGAAGACUGGAUGGCAGCCAAAGCGCACAAUCAUCCUAGCAUCCUGGGAUGCGGAAGAAUAUGGCUUGCUCGGGUCCACCGAAUGGGUUGAGGAUAACCUUCCAUGGCUGAAGGGUGCUGCCAUCGCCAAUUUGAACGUCGAUGUCGCUACCUCUGGACCUGAUCCCGAUUUUUCAGCCACGCCAGAUCUUCACAAGAUUGCUGAGGAGACAAUGAAGAAGAUAGUAUAUCCAUACCGUGGCUACAAUAACCUGACUUUGUAUGACGUCUGGUUUGGUUUGACCAAAGGCGAAUGGGGUGUACUUGGGUCGGGCUCCGAUUAUACAACUUUUCUACACAACGGGAUCUCAGCGAUUGAUAUUGGCUCCGGAGGCUCUGGCGAGGAUCCCGUCUAUCACUACCACAGUAAUUACGACACAUUUCAUUGGAUGACGACCCUUGGAGAUCCAGAAUAUACGCAACAUAAAGUCAUUGGGCAAUUUGUGGCAGUUCUUCUUUACCACUUGGCAACCGACGAAGUCUUGCCUCUGGAUGUUGAGAACUACGGUGUACAGUUGACAGAGUACUACGAGAAGCUAGUCGCAACUCUGGAGACCGAGAACGCCACGAGUGUUGAUACUGCCCGACUAGAGGAAGCGAUCGCCACCUUCAACGCAUCAGCCGCCGCAAUAACCUCAGCGAUCUCUGCUACAUCAACAGAGAAAGAACAAGCAGCACUAAACACUAAGCUCAAGCUCUUCAGCCGUGGCUUUGUCUCGUCAGGUGGUCUGCCCAACCGAGGGUUCUACAAGCACGUCGUUUUCGCCCCUGGGCUGGAUACCGGAUACGCUCCAGUUCUUUUCCCAGGCAUCUGGGAAGCAAUUACUGAGUAUUCCAACGAGACCCUAGCGCAGGAAUGGGUUGAAAAGACGGCUGCGGCGAUUGAGGUUGCUGCCGGCCUAUUGGAUUAG